UAACAAUUAUACAUUUCAAACAUUCAUUAGCAUAUUGUAAUCAAGCUCAAUUAGCCUCACUAAUGUCUCGUUCAAAUUCAACUUGCAGUACUGCCACGGACUCAUUGCCAUCAACAUCUUCAUCGGCCUCGACCAGCGAUACUCGUGCCACAGCAUCUUCGGCACUGACAACAGCAGCAGCAACCACGACAUCCCUGUCGUAUCGUGAUGAACAGCCGCAGGCAAUUGUAAGCACAGCUCAAAAAUUACCGACAGGUCGUCAAAUGAGUAGUCAUCAUCACUAUCAUCUGCCCCACCAAUUUCAGCAUCCCCACCAUCAGAAUCAUCAUCCCCAUUCGCAUGGGGUAGCGGUGCCCACUCCGACGGUGCCAGCUUCUUACACCAGUUCAAGUCUGUUACACGAAUCUCGGCAUAUUCGAGCGGCCAGCAGCAGUGGCGAUGAGGCAAUACGAACCGCACUUACCUCACCGGCCACCACGGUAACACCUUCGACGAAUCUCUUGGUAUCACCGGAAACAGUAUCUCACACAUCGUCAGUAUCGCCUGCCAAAUUAUCGGCACGUAUACGUGAAUCGGGUUCACAGCAUCGUGUAACUAUCGAUGAAUCCAAUUUGCCCGUGGCCUCGCAAUUGACUUGUGGCGGUGAUGAUGGUGGCGGCGACGGUGGUGGUGAGGGCGGUAACGGUGGUUCGGGUCCUCCAUCGCCGGGUAUGUCUUCACACCAGCAGCUGACAGGCGACGAACGACAGACUGGUCAUUUAGCGUUAAUGUAUCACUCUAGUCAGCUGUCCAGUUAUCCAGUGUUGCCAGCCAUCAAGAGAACACAUCGUCCUUCGUUUAUCUAUCCACCGAUGCCGAGAGUUAAAAAGAGCGAUGCUUUGGCAACCUUAUUCUCAGCACUAUAUGGCAAAUUAUUGGUUGUUAUGGGUAUUGCAUUCCCAAUGGCUGAAGUUAUCUCAACAUAUAUACCACCUUCAUUCUACGAGGUGUAUUAUUUAUAUCUUUACAUUGGUAGUAUGAUAUUCCUACUCUUUAUGUACGCAACACUGCUAUGGGGAAGACCAAAAAUUCCAACCAAUAUAGCUUCACCCACAAAACUCUCAGCCAAGACUCGGUCAACAAGUGCAUCAGAAACUAUGGAUGAAUCAGAUACGGAUAGCACCUCAACAGAUCGUAAUAAACGUAUGCCACCGGCUAUAUCAUCGGCGAGACGACCUUCUAUAUUAUCGCCAUUGGGGCGACAACAUCAUUACGGUAGCUUCUAUUUGCGUAUGGGUGCCGUAGCCUUUGGUAUUGGUAGCAUGAUAUAUUCUGGUCUAGAAUUUGGUCAAUAUUUUGAAUUAAAUCCGGACACGAAGUGUCACAAUGUUUUGUUGGCUUUGACACCAGCUACAAGGAUGGCAUUCAUUUUUAUUCAAAUGUAUUUUAUAUUUUUGAAUAAUGAGCAAAUCAAAGUGUAUCGUUACAAAAUCAUAGCCCGCUUCGGACUAAUGCAUAUGAUUGGCACCAAUUUGGCCGUGUGGUUGAAUGUCCUGAUACAGGAGACAAAACAUGAAAUUUUAACAUUUUAUAAUCCCGAAAAUCGAACAUUACGUAUAUCACAUCGAAUACCGGGCCAUUCAAGGGCACAUUCCGUUUUGGCACCAUCAGAUCCUAAUGUUUUGCUAAGAGUUCCACGUGGCUUGAAAGGACCCUAUCAAAUAUUUGAAUGUCGUCGUACAAAUAUAUUGGGAACAUUAGUGCAAGAUGCCUCACCAUUCCUGUUCCCCUGUACCAUUGAAUAUUCGUUGAUAUGUGCCGCUAUCCUAUAUGUUAUGUGGAAGAGUAUUUCGAGACCGCAAAUACCAAAACCACAACGUCCCGAUAUGAUAAGUUCACCAAUAAAGCGAUCGCCUCACCAUUAUUCAGUGGAUUGUGCCAGGGCACAUAAAGGCCUGUUUGUGGGAAUUUUGAUAUUGGUAUUGACCAUUAUAUCGUUGAUCCUAUUUUUCGUAUUGAUCUCACGACCGGAUUUUGUCGCCUUGGCUGUUAUGGAAGUGACAAUUUGUGAGUUGUUUAUUUAUGGUACAGCGACAAUAGCCACCCUGGUGGGAAUGAUUCAAAUAAGGCAUUUGCAGUAUGAUGCCUAUCGUAGCUUCUCUUUGGAUGAUAUUUUGUUGGUUGGCGCGCAGACGGGAUCAUUUUUAUAUAACAUUUUCACAGUGAUUGCAGGACACUUUUCGCUACGCAGUGAUGAUUGGUUGGUGCCACUCAACGCCUUGGCCUCCAUUGUUCAGACCGCCUGCCAAACGAUGUUCAUCUUGGAUGCUAGUCGACGACAGGCUGUCACACCGGAACACAUUCGCAAAAAACCCGGAAGGGAAAUUGUUACCUUUAUGUUGGUUGUUAAUUUGGCCAUGUGGGCCAUAUCCACGCUGGAAAAGUCACGAGCCGAAUCACAUCCUAUACAGCUGAAUUUCUAUGGUCUAUGGGCAUGGACCAUUAUUACGCAUGUCUCCAUGCCGCUGGCGAUAUUCUAUCGUUUCCAUUCCACCGUGUGUUUGUGUGAAAUCUGGAAGCGGGCAUAUAAACUAAAACCGACGUAUAUGUGAGAAUUAGCCCGUGAGCGCAUUGCUAGCAUUGCGCAACAACAACAAUUUUGUGAAGAACUUAAGACCAACUUAUCGUAUUGCUAUUGUUCGACAACGAUCGUAGAGACCAUUGAAGAGGCGGACAGUAAUGGUGGUAGUGGCG